GUGAAGGCAAUGCGCCUCUGGCGGCCAGCUGCGCAAACAAUCCUUGCAGAAAUAAUUAUCACGAUUUAUGUUAUUCGUAAAUGUGAGGAGAAUCAUUAAUGAGAAUAUGCCAAAUAGCGGCGAUUAGAGUGAUAAACGGGUCCUGUAGUGUUCCCGGUUACACUUUGAGUGAGUGAAAGUCGUGCUCGGUACGGGGUGAGUGUCCAAAACGUUCAUUCCCUCCGCUUUUAAAGGGGGGCGGUGGCUCGCAUCAGUGUCUUUUUAUCGUUUCUUUAGACGUCUUCAUCCCGAAAAUAACAAUGGCCGGAGGAUUCGAAUAUGCAUGGAUUUUUAAAAUGCCAAGCUUGCUACCCUGGCAACCUACACACAUUUUCCUGACCCUUUUUUAUUACAUGUGUCAAUUAGCAUCGAAUGGACUUGGCAGAAACUAUGAAAAAUAUUGUUGCCAAAGGUAUGCAAACCGAAAUGGGACCACCAGGUGGAGGAUCAGGUUAUCCUGGAACACCAAGUAGUGCUGGUUAUGUUACUGAGAAAAUGUAUAUGUUAUUACAAGCCUAUCUUCAAAACAAAGGUUGGAAUCCAAGCAUCGAACUGCUGCAAUGCUUUUCUGAAUUUAAGGAUGCAUCUAUGAUUCCAAGUGCUGCUUAUUUGCAGAUGAUGGCAUCAAGAAUUGCUCUGGAUUCUCAAGGAAGACUAGUUCUUAGGGAAAAUGGAAAAAUAAUAUUGCCAUAUGAACAUUUUGCAAAUGCUGUGAUGUUAAAGCAUAUGAAUGGUCCACAUGGUCUACAUUUAGGCUUGGAAGGAACAGUUAGAGCUGUUAUGGAAUCAUAUACUAUUGGACGAGAAUGUUUUGGUAUGGAAAAAGAAUUUAUAAUAGAAGUGGUACAAAACUGUCCAAAUCCUGCUUGUCGUUAUUAUAAAAAUCAACUUGAAUUAACUCAAAAAAUGGGACAUAUGGCACCAACUUAUAUUCAGGAAAAUGAAACAACAGCUUCUCUUUUACGUAGUAGUUUUCCUCAUAAUACAGAUUUUCAAGCAACAUUAAGCACUGCUAAUCCAAAUACUCAUAUGGGAGGAUCAACAGCAGAUUUGACUGAAAUGAGAAGUGCUGGAAAUCAAAUAAAUCUUCAACGUCCUCCAAGCCGUCCAUCAUUAAAUAUUCCACAUCGACCUGUGUCACAAGAAAAAAAAACCACUGGCAAGCAACAUUAUGAAUCUUUAGUAUCUAAUAUUCCAAUAUCUGAUCAUAAAUUAACAGAUUUCUUAAGAACGAAUUUGGAUAAUUUGGACAAUCUCAGUGGACUUGGUUUGGGAAAUUUACAAGGAAUAGGAAAUGCAAAUAAAGAUUUAUUAGCUUUACAUAAUGGAGCUUGGCCAUUAGAAAAUGAGAAAGGAUCUCGGGCAUCUUCAAAUUCAGAAGGAGGACAAGAAAAAAUCGUAAGAGCUUUUGCAGAAGUUAUGAAGAAUAUGGCAAGAAUGAAAGCUUGUGUACGUCCUGCAAUGUGUAAACCAUAUGGAAAACAAUCAGAAGCUUUACAAAAAACAUUGGUUGAUACAAUACAGCUUGUACAGUCAUUAAGAAGUUUUCUGCCACCUCCACAUAUUCCUGUUUCAAGCUGGAAAAAUGAAGAUAAACAUCGAUUAGAUCAUACGGGUACUCCUUAUCUCCCAUCAUUAAAGACUGGAGGUUUAGAAGAGUUAUGCGAACAACGCAAGUUAGACUAAACAUAUGUCUUCGCUUUUUAAGCGGCAGACUAAGUUUUGUCUUUGCGCUCUAUGAUGUUCUAGUCAUGUGGUGUUUAUGGGUUAGAUGGGUGUUUUGUAUUUAAACAACCCGAAGGAUUGCUCAAAUGUUGUUGGCGUUUAGGACUUCAAAAUACUAAGAGACAAAACGAGUCAUGCGUGGACUGUGAUAAACGUGGGUAGUGAAAAUAAAUUUAUAUAUAGUCAAUCGAAAUUCACACCGUUAUUUUAUAUUCAAAUUAGCUUUAUUUCAUUGUUUUAAGUUUUUUGUGAAUUUUUAUAAUCUGCCUAUGAGGUUUAUUUAAAUUAUAAUUGUGGGGCAAGAUAGUUUUGAAUUAUCUACCUUAUAAUAAAUAAUUUACAUAUUAUGAAUAUGUAUUAUAAAAUGGCAUUUAUAUUUUAUUGUUAUGCAUUGAUUUAAUAUCUCACCACUUGUGUUCCAAUGAUACCUGAUCAACAUUAUUAUGAAGAUGUUUUUUGUUAUAUGAGUAAAUUUUAUGUAUGUAUUGGAAGUUUACACAAACUAUAAAUAUUAAAUUUAAUCUUGCAUAUAAAUAUGAAAAAUUUAUUAAUUAAACAUUGUUAUAAAUACUCCAUACGAGAGUAUAUAUAAGCAAUCAUAAUUCUUGUUGUUACUUGACCUCGCAUUAUUUAAUUUUUGAAUAUUUAUUAUAUAAAUUAUAGGAUAUUGUUUUGAUUUAAAUAAAAUGAAUUAACAAAAAUUAUCCAGUUAAAAUAAAUAUUUAAUUACUAUAUAUACGUAUAUAUAUAGUUUUUAGAAAUUGCUCUAUAUAAAUUAUUGUUUAUUUAUAAAAAUAGAUCAAACAUAUAUUGUUGUUAUGUCUAAUAUUAUUAUCUGUCGAGUUAAUGUUAAAACUUACAAUAAUUUAUAAGCUUCAUAGGCAGUAACAUGCGGUGUGCACAUGUAAAAAACGAAAUUAUUGGUCAAUUUAUAGAUAUUUUUCAAUAAAUAAAUUAUUUCAUUACUAUAUACAAUUAAAAAAAGAAAAGAAUAAAGAAUUACAUUAUUAAAAAAUGUUUGUAGCGUGAUUUGCACCAAUGCUCAAAAUUUUCUCUCUGUGCACUGAUAUUAUUUAUAAAUGGUAUUAUCUUUGACAACCGCGAAAUGCGUAAUAAACUAAGAAAAGAAAAAGAGAGAAAAAGAAAGAAAAAAAAUAUCAUGCGUUAUUUCAAUCGAAAUUUUUCGAUAAAAUGCAUUUUAUUUUGGUUGUAAAAAUAAAAUCAUUUUAAAUUCAAUUGUUAUACGCAUAUCUGCGAUGGUAAAAUGUUUCCUUCUUGCUCGAUAAUAUCAAAAUAUUGAAUUCUAUAUUUCUGAAUAUAAACAGUAAAUUUGUGUAAGGAAUGUGUGUAAAAUGGAUGAAUAGUUGAAUCUUGUUAUAUACAAGUUCGAUGAUUGUAAAGUUUCGGCUAUCAAAUAGCAAAAUUUUAUAUGAACGUGUAUGAAUGUGUGUUUCUGUUUAAAUAUCUUUCUAUAGACGUGUCUGUUAUAAAACGCAUGUAUAUUUAUUUAUAACAUCUGCAGCAAUUAUAAUGAUCAAUCGUUAACAGGGCUCAGAUUUCUGUGAUCAAUAAUUUACACCUAUCUGAAUAUUUCUUUUUAAAUUUCUUUUCAUAAAUUUAAAUUUUUUUAUAUUUUUUACAUAAAAUAGGACAAUAAUUUUAUUUAUUUGAAAUACUUUGACUAUUUUAUAUUUAAAUUUAUUAAUUAUUUGUUGAGUUCAUAGAUUUAUUAUUUAAUAUAUUAUAUAAUAUAUAAAAAAUAUAUAAUAUAAUGGUAAUUUUUUUGUUAUUAGUUAUACACGAUAACAUUUAAAUGAAUCUAAGUAAGAUAGAAUUUAAUGAAUAAAUCAUAAUAAAAUUUGAAUUUUUUUGAAGUUGUUUAAUUUAAUAUUAUGAGUUGAAUUGAAAAUUAUUAUUAUCUUAAUUUUUUACAAUUUUAAAUAAUUUUUUACACCAAUUCAUUUAUAAUUUUAUAUUUAAAUACCAAUUAUUAAUUAUUAGUUAUAUUAAUUUCUAAAAUAAUAUUUCAAAAAUAUUUUGAAAUUACUUACAUUUUUUAAAAUAUAUUUUUUAAUAAUUUGUUUGCAUAUACAAGUUGCAAAAUAAUGGAUCUUAUUAUAUAUAAAAAAAUAUAUAAAGCAAAAAUAUUUUAUUUUCGUAAUUUUCGAGCAAUAUGAAAUUGGAUGUAGUUGAUAAAGAUAUAUAUGUCUAUAUAUAUAAUAAUAUAAAAAUAUUUAACAUACAAUAAAAUAUUAAAUUAUUUAUUUUAAUUUUAUGUUUUCAUUUUAACUAAUUUUGUUAUCUUAAUAUUGGAAAAAUAACAUGAAAUAUUAAAUAUAUUAUUAUUAUUAUUAUUAUUAUAAAUUUUUUGAUGAAAUUUAAUAAAUAUAUAACAAAUAUAUAUAAAUUUCAAAUAUGUUUUCUUAAAUUGUUGAAAUUAACAAAUAAAAUAUGUCAUAGUUUCAAUUAUGAGUCAUCUACAUUUAAUACACAAAAUGUUAGAAAUUGCGCAAUGCAUGCAAUCUGAAAUACAUAUCACCGAAAUUUAAGUCCUGUAUAUUCUUUGUUUUUUGUUAAUCGAUAUGAUCUUAAAGUAAAGCUGCUAUAAUAUAAUUAAAUAAUUUUUGACGAUUUACCUGUUACACGCCAAAGUGUAUUUGCAAAAAUGACUAAAUGGACCUAUUUCUUCUAGUAGUUAUUACAAGACUAACGUAACGUGUCGCCGUUUAUCUUGUUGAGCGUUGACACGAUUAAGCAUAUCCAUGAUUAAGUCGCUAGAUACAUGUCAAAAAAAAAAGAAAAAAAAAAAAAAAAAAAAAGAAAAGAAAAAAAAGAGGGAGCACGGAAACAAAGUCUGAUAAAAGGUACAAAAAACCGAGUCUCGAAACAAAUUAAAUGUUUUAGGUGUAUGCGAGAUAGAGUUGCGACUGUAUUGAACUAUUAUUCGAAUUCAAUUUCCAAGUUUUAUCGCUCUCGUCAUAUUUAAUAUCAAUAGGAACCGUGUACAAGUUUUCUGCACCUUCUGACUUUGACAGUAAGAUCAUUAUAACAUGCGCACCAUCAUUGUUCAUUUAGCGAUUGCAUAAAUGGACAAUCGAUUAAUGAUGAUGAAUUAUAAUACCAAUGCUACCGCUAUAUUUGCACAUUAAGCUCGUUGUCGCUUGCCAGUAUUGCUCUUCUGUAUUCUUGCAUAAUUCUAACUGAUGAACAGCAAUCAUUAAAGUUUUUACAAGUGUGA